AUAAUUUCUUUUUUACAAUUAAAAAUUCCAAAGCGAGAUUAAUAGAAUGUACAAAAAUGAAAUGUCGUUUGAAGCCGCGCUGGAACCUGGCGUGAUAACGCAAAGUAUACUCAUUUCUCUAGCAAUCGAUCAGGGACCAAAGGGAGAAGCCGGAAGAUUGUUUUUGCAGGAUGGAAUUGAGUUGGACAAGCUGAAGGAAAUACGUAUCGAAUUCCUUAAUAUCCUGAACAUCGAUUUCCUCUGGGUGCUGAAAGGUUUGGUGAAAUUGACGCUGUCUCACAAUAUUAUCGAACGAAUCAAGAAUCUGGACGAACUUGUUCAUCUGCGCGAACUGGAUCUCUCGUUCAACCACAUCAAAGUUAUGGAGAAUCUAAAUAAUCUCGCACAGCUGGAGAUUCUGCUUUUGUUCAGUAACGAAAUCACCGUUGUACAGGGUAUAGAUAAUUUGAGCAAACUGACUAUCUUGAACAUCGGCAAAAAUAAAAUCGCCAACUGGGAGCAUGUUGCAUACUUGCGCGAUUUCAAGGCUCUACGGAGCUUAAACAUGUGCGAAAAUCCUUGCGCCGAAAUCGACGGAUACACGGAUUAUGUGUUCGCGUUUAUACCGCAGCUGCUUUAUUAUCAAUACAGGAUGAUACCUGAGGAUGCGCGACAGUCCGCCAUAGAAAAACACUACCGAGUAAUUUGUAAUCUCGAGGAGAUAAAGGCGAAGAAGCAAGCGGAAAUCACGUUGCAACAAGAAUUCGAGGAGAAGCUCAGGUUGUUAACCGCGUCGUACGUGGAGUAUCUCGACAAAGAUUAUCUUUUCCAGGAAAUGUUUGUUUCUGACAAGGAUGGCAAGGUUCUCAAUAGGAUAACUAAAGAAACGCAGGAGAUAUUUGAGAAAUACAGAGAAUCCUUUUCCGCGAUAUGCAACGAAUUAUGCGAGCUGGGUUUGCAAGAACAUAAGAAGAGAACCGAAGUAAUACUACCGUUUGAGGUUGCUGUUAACGAAAGCGAGGAGAAUAUGCAAGACGAAUCGAGAAAAAUUGUGGAUGAAAUGCUUGAGAGGAAGAUAGUGAUAUUUGCGGAUAUAAAGGAUGCAGUGGAAGCUCUGAUAGAAGCGGAGGGCGAUGCGGCUGGCGAAAUCGCUGAGAAAACAAAGCGAUUAUUCAACGAAUUCAAUUAUCUGUUACAAAACACACGAAAUCGGCUAAUGUCCAAAGAACUCGUGUUACACAAACAAUUGGAAGAGCUAAACAAAGUCUUCAAGACGAACAUGACAGAUAUAGUAAACUCGUUCUUGGAAGCUGCUCGUUUAAUCUUCUCACGUUUGCGAGACGCAGAAGCUGAAUAUAACGAUUCCUUGAAUAUGGCAGUUCUACGUCACAUAAGUGGUUUUUGCGAGGAUGCGAGCGUACCGGUUCACCUGAUAAAUCAGUGCGGCGAUAAGGACACUUUGGCGUUUACUCUUGCCACGUCGCAUGAUAUACAUUUGCAGAUUAUAGAUAAGCGGGAACGACGCAUGAUCAAUCGGCUCGAUGAUUGGCUCAAAGAAUAUAUCGGUCAAUUGAUAACGAAUGAAACCAAACGGUGUCGCCAGCAUAUAUUGGAAAUAUCGCAUUUCUUCAGAUCGCAAGAAGAAGAAUUUAAUACGCUCAGUGUACCGCAGCAAUUAAAUAUAACAGACAUUGAACUGGAUGACGUCGCUAUGUUGUAAAACUGAUGAUCAACGUACAACAUUCC